UGUAUUGUAACCGACGAGAUAAUUUUAACUUUUUAUGAAAUUUUAUUUACAACAUUAAUUAAAAUGGUGGUUAAUAAUUCGAUUAAACAACUUUUGGAAAAUUUCCCGAAAUAUGUAACUGAAGUGCAAACAAGUCCCAGCUAUGUGGAAAUGUAUACAGGAAAUAUUAAAGACAUUGUACUUGUUUACGCCAAAGGAAAGCAAUCGAUCGGUAUGACAGAUGAGUGCGGUAAAACUAAUAGAAUAUCAGAUGAAUUAGAACUCACUGGAUCUCCAUUAAAACUUGAUUUAAGUCUUCACACAAUAUUGGAUGAAACUAUGAUGCCUGAUGAACCACAGUUGUGGAGGAAAGAAGAAAAUCUUCAUAACCCGAUUGAAAUAGAGAAAUCGAGAGAAAUAGCAAAUUUCUACAAUAAAAUCUUAUCAGAAACAAAUAAGGAAGAUGCAAUACCAAUGUGGGUGGUAUGCAACCCUACAUCGGAGAAUAAACCUUUGCUGUUAACUAUCCAGUCAGAUAAUACUAACUUUACAAGAGGCAUUGUUAAUUAUGAAGGUUCAUCAACAUUAGAUGAAGUUGAUGUGGAGAAAAUAAUUCAAGAUUUUGCAACUGAAGCUGGCAUAAAGGAGGAUAUGGUCAACAUGUCAGUAGAUUGCAAGUAUGUAUUAUCCGGGAUAACAUAUAAUUCAUUGAACACUGAUGAAUUGCUGAAUGCUCCACAUGGAGGAGUAACGGAAUUGUUAUGUUCGUGGUCUGUGAGAACUUUGCUUACACCGUACAUCAAUUGUAAAGUUAACUAUGCCCAAGAAGUAAUAGUUGGUCAUUUAGCAAGUCCGUGCAACACUUUAUGGAAGUCGGUCAGUUCACUGCACAAUAUUAAUCAGCUUCUUGUAGAAAUGACAGCGGCUGGAUUUAGUUCUGUUAACUUAGAAACAGCUGAAAUAAGAAAUACGGUGCAAGGUGUGAAAAUAUCCGAUGUAACAAAACGUCUAAACAAAUUGUUCAAUGAGACUGAGAUAUAUACUUAUACCGCGGAGUGUCCUGCAGGAGGCUGUAUUUGUGUGACCGAGGAUACAGACAGUCUGAGACAAUGCUUAUCUUCUAUGGCGGCUAAUGGUUCCAGUAAUGAUUUUACUUAUAAGCUAUGGGAUAUUUUAAGAGAUUGUGCAAAUGCAGAGGAAUUAAUUACAUUACUAUUACAAGCUUUAAAGUUUGUAUCUUCAGGGAAAAUACGACCAUUUAUAGAUGUAAACAACAAAACGUACCUAUCUAAAUUAGUACUAAAGCUAUCCAGAGGUCACUCGCAGACAUCCAAAGUGUUGAAGAAUCUUCGAAGCAGUCCACCUCAGGCGCUGUCACUGGUGGCUCAAGUAGGAAUAGAGAAGACAAUGUGGGAGUAUACUAAAAUCAUGUCUCUUCUAGAACAUUCUUUCUACAUCGCUGGCAUAUGGAAUGCUGAUACAAGAACCCACGAAUCUAUAGAACAAAUAAACCAAACAAUACAAGACAUGACAAUGGGCGGUGACUUCACAUUGAAUCCAUUCGAGAGUGUCAGUACUGGAGAACAUUCGAUACGACUCGACUCUGACUCGUUCUAUGCAGAAGAUACCAACGAAUUAACUGUAGAUGAUUUUGCUUCCUUAAAGAAACAUGGUCUAGUCAACGAAAGGAAAGAUGUUAAUGAGGUACCUUUAAUAGCGGAUGAAAUAGAUAUAAGCCCAUGGAAGAAUUUACUGAUGAAGUUUGCUCAAGUGCAUGUCUGUUUGGAACAUUUAUAUCGCGUCGAGACAUGUUUGAGAGCUAAUUUCGAUCAAAUGAAAGCAAUAGUAUCAAAGUUAUUAGAAAUGUAUGUGUCAGAGAAGUCUCCGGUGAGAACAAUAGGUCAGUUGCUGAGUGAUCCGGUGCAAAAGAUAUGUCUACCCAUCACUAAUAUCAUAGUACAAGAGCAUUUAAAGAAAAUGGCGUUCUGGUAUCGUUUGGAAGUGAGUAAGAAAGGUGACGAUUCAAUCUUCAAGAGGGAUAUGAAAACUGUGUACGCCUUCUCACAGACUCCUGUGUUUCCACCUUCUGUUUGGCAACAUUUAGAGCCGUGUACCGAAGAUGUAGCAGAGGUGACAACGAUCGGUGAAGAAUUGAAAUUCUACUGUACGAAAUAUACAUACAUUAGUAACAAGUUGAUUAGAAAACUGAAUAUUUAGAUGUUACUAGCUGUCGCCCGCGACUCCGUCCGCGCGGGAUUA